AUCAUUAUUUUUUUGUAUCCGUCCAUUUACCACCUGUUGAUAAAUUCUUUUGUUAAGUUUGGCACUAUUGAAAAUCAUAAUCUUAAUCAUAUUAGUUUAAAUAUACGCUACAUUUCGAGGAACAAUGCACAUUUUUGCAACAACGACGGCGUUGUUGCUGUUUGCGGCAGCCGGCUUUAUCGUGCAGGCAAACGUCAUUAAAACUAUCAAUGAUGACGAACUCGUAAAGUUAUUUCAUAGUCAUUCCAACUUGGUGGUUCUAUUUUCCAAACAAAACUGCAAUGAUUGCGACAAGCUGGAAGCGGUGCUGGCAAACCUCAAACAGGAGGUGAAAGAUAACCUGGAAGCGGAAAUAGUCAAGCUCAGUGGAAGUCAAAUGACAAGACUGUACAGUCCGACAAAGGAGCCAGCCGUCGUAUUUUUCCGCCACGGCGUACCACUGCUGUACGAUGGUCCGAUCAAUGAGGAUGCUCUCAUUGGAAAGUUUGUGCAGAACAAGGACCCGAACGUGAAGGAACUGUCCGAUGAAAACUUUGAGCAUUUAACGCAAGCUAGCAGCGGAGCGACCACCGGAGAUUGGUUUAUCAUGUUUUACACCUCCAACUGCGUGGACUGCCAACGCCUGACCGCGGUUUGGGAAGCGGUUUCAGCUGAUUUGAAGGCCCGAAUGAAUGUGGCCAGAAUUCAAAAGGAUGGGAAAGGAAUCGAAACCGCAACGCGAUUCCGCAUUGAAGAUGUUCCGGCAUUUAUUUUCCUUCGCCAAGGAAAGUUUUACCGUUAUGAGGUUGGAAAGUACGAUAUAAAAUCUUUCGUCAAAUUUGCACAAGAAUGGUAUAAAAAUACAUCGCCGGAAAGUGUGCCAGUUCCGCCGUCACCAUUCGAUCAAAUUGUGGAUCGAUCCGUGUACUAUCUGAAGAACCUGCCCGCCCUGGUCGAUGAGCUGUACACAAAUUAUAGCACCUUGUACUACGCACUGGUGGGAUCGUUCAUAUUCGUAGUUUUGGGAUUCACCGCGGCGAUUGUGCUGGCCGGUAUCACGCGAAUGAAGGCUGCAUCCAAAAGCAAGAAAACCAAGGUCAAGAAAGCCAAAUAAGACAGCGUUGGUGAGCAAGGUGAAAGUGCUUCAGAAGUGGUUUAUAUGCCAGAAAAAUAAUAAAAACUGAUCUCUGCUGGGAGAAUAGAUGAGA